AUGCAAAACUUUCCGACGCUAGUCUUCAUCCCGGGUGCAUGGCAUGCGGCUACAUGCUACGAUCUAGUUAUCGAACUCCUGCAGGAGAAGCACAAUCUGAAAUGCAUCGCAGUAACUCUCCCUUCAACAACCGGAGAUCCAAAUGCGAGUUUUAAAGAUGAUCUCGACGCCGCCAGGAAAGCAGUUUCUGACGAAACAAGCUGUGGACGAGACGUGAUAGUUAUUGCCCACUCGUACGGUGGUAUAGUUGGAAACAGCGUCAUCAAGGGUUUCGCGCGACCACGAGAAACCGCCAAAGGAACCAGUAUUCAGCAUGCAGAGGCGUCACAAGGCCCAGCCACUGGCCAUGUCAUUGGGCUUAUCCUUAUUGCUUCUGGCUACACCUUUACAGGACUUGCCUUUAUGGAUCCAUUCUUCGGCCGUCCACCCCCUACUUGGCGCGUAAAUAAAGCUACUGGAUUUGCCGAAAUCGUUAUUCCUACGCGCGAGUUCUUCUACCAUGAUCUAACAGCCGACGAGGCAGAGUAUCGAUGCUCUCAGCUCAGGCCACAGAGUCUCAAGGCGUUGUUUGAGGGAGGUGAAUACUCAUACUCUGGCUGGCUAGAUGUGCCUUCCUGGUAUAUUGGCACCAUUGAAGAUUAUGGGCUACCAGUGGUAGUGCAGCGCAUGAAUGUCGGAAUGGCGAGAGGAAUGGGUGCUUCUGUUGAGCACAGGGAACUGCAGACUAGCCACUCCCCGUUCUUGAGCCAGCCGGAAGCGACUGUACACAUCAUGGUAGAGGCCGUCGAAGCAUUUACUGGGAGGCGAGUAGGAGAUAUAGCGGCGAAGAGAGGGCAAGAUAAUAGGGUAAAGCUGCCUGAGCCUAGACUGUGGCAGCCUUUUACUUGGUUCAAGUUUGGGCUGCCACUUGUCCUUGGUCACAUAAUUGGAAAAUGUGUCUUGGUUUUCAACUGGGGUAGGAGCCUGUGGAAAUAUAGGUAGGGUUGGAUAGUGCGUUGGGCGUUAAUAUUGUAAAUCACCAC